AUGCAUUUUCGAUCCAUAUGUCGAACAAGAGCCAUUAAUCGAAAAACAUUGUUCAUCAUCUUCAUAAUCGCAAUUGUUCNAAUAGGUUUUAGUGAUCCUUAUUGUGAAGUGAGUGUUAUAAAUAUUCCCAGCAAACAAGAUGAUUCAAAUGAAUUAACAUCAUCGUCAUCAUCUAUAUCAGCGUCAACAUCACCUAAUCGUUCAAAACGAUGUCCAUUCUUAUUUUCUUGCGCUAGUGGAUCAUGUAUCUUGAGUCGCAAAAGUUUUUCACCGAAAAUAAUAUUCAUAUUUUUUGUUUUAGGUUCAAAGAAUAAAUUAAAAUUACUAAGGGCAAAAAGUAGCCAACCAAGUAGUAAAAGUAGUAGUCGAAGACAUUCAUUAGAUCAUUUAUCAGUAACAUUAUCUAAUAAGAAUAAAGCAUUAAAAAGUGUUAUUUAUCGUACCGAAGUUCAACCAAAAACUAUUAAUCCUGAAUGGAAUGUACAUUUUGAAUUUGAGAUUGAAAAUGUACAAAAACAACAUUUACUCAUAAGAGUAUUUGAUUCAGACUGUGAUCAAGAGGCAGGAUUUAAAACAGUUGUUCAAGAAAAACGAGGUGUUUCGCGCAAACUUCGUGGACUUCGAAGUUUCAUAAAAACAGGCGAAAUUAAAGAUGAUUUUCUUGGUGAAGUUAGUUUUGAUAUUAAAUCAUUAGCUGCAUUUGGCCGUGACCAAUGGCUUCCCUUAACAGGAUUAAAUCAAAAUUGUUCAAACAUUGAUAAACCACGCGGUGAAAUAUUACUUGGAUUAAAAGUUCAUCUUAAAUUGGAUGAUAAAAAUACGAAAAUUCAUCAACAUUUAUUAAAUGGUACAGUGCUAGAAUUUCGUCGUCGCCAUUCAUCAUUAUCGUCUACUAAUCAAAUGAAUUCAUCAAUUAUAUUAUGUCCAAGUAUUUUUCGACAAAAUUUUCGUCCAUCAUCAAUGCAACCUCGUGAUUAUUCAAAACUGUCAGGUAAGUUUACGCGUGGAUCAUUUAGACAAAAUGGGACCUACAAAUCCUUCAUUUAA